AUGACUCUUGGUUCAGGAGGAGGAUCUAGUUUUGUGGUCCCUCAGAAUUUCAGAUUACUUGAGGAACUCAAACGUGGUGAAAAGGAUAUUGGAGAUGGUACAGUGAGCUAUGGGAUGGAUGAUGGAGAUGAUAUCUAUAUGCGUUCCUGGACUGACACCAUUAUUGGUCCACACAAUUAUGUUCAUGAAGGGCGUAUUUAUCAGUUGAAGGUAUUUUGCGGCAAAUAUUAUCUGGAGAAGCCUCCAAGUGUCCGAUUCCAUUAUCGAAUUAACAUGACAUGUGUCAACCAUGAGACUGGAGUGGUGGAACCAAAAAAGUUUGGUGUACUUGCAAAUUGGCAGAGAGAGUAUACCAUGAAAGAAAAUAAGGAUAAAAAAUUAAUGGUUGAAGAAAAUGGGUGA